AUGGUGAAAAUAUCUCUUCAAAUUCGUGCGACUCUAGAAUGUGUAGAAAAAUUAUAUACUAAUCAUCCACAUUAUCAAUGGUUCUUAAAAUUAAAAUGCGGCAACUGUGGUGAAGUUACCGAUAAGUUUCACGAUCUUACUGAAGCGGAAAAAGUGCCGCAAAAGCAUAAUAGAUCAGAAACAAACUUACUUAUAAAGUGCAAAUUAUGUUCCAGAGAAAAUAGCAUAGAUGUUAUCGAAGGAAGCAAUGCUGCUUUUACAAGCAAUGAUGUAGGCAAAUUCAAAUCUAUCGUAACAUUUGACUGCAGAGGAGUAGAGCCUGUUGACUUUGAACCAAAGUCUGGUUGGAUUGCCGAAGCAGAAGAGAAUGGUAAAAAAUUUGAAGAUGUUGAUUUAACUGACAAAGAAUGGGUGGACUAUGAUGAGAAGAAUAAAACAUCAGUUGGAGUUUAUGAAUUGGAAUGGCAAUUUGUGAAAGUUAAG